AUGGCCCGCGAAGGAACCCGCUCCCAGACCGGCAACUCCAAGCCGCGUGUCUUCCCCGUCGUCGAAACCGCCCCUGUUCGCAAGCAGAACACUGCCGCUCCUGCCACCGCGAAGAAGCCCAAGACCACCACCUCCACCGCCUCCAAGGCCGCGAAGCCCGUCGGCGUCACCAAGAAGAAGGCCACCACCGCCAAGAAGGGCCCUUCCGCUGCUACCAAGGCAAAGUCAGUAGCGAAGAAGGCAGAAACCAAGACUGCCGCCGCCACCAAGGCCGCCAAGAAGGUGCGUAGCGCUGCCUCUCAAAUCACGCGCUCCUCAGCAUUUCGCCAGCUAACCCACGCGCAGGAGACCAAGCCCAAGACCUCCAAGGCCAAGGCGACGCCUGCCGCGGCCUAA